AUGGAUGCAGGCACAGUUGACCCACUCGCCAUUGCUGAAUUGGCCAUCUCUGAGGCUUUGCAGAUCGGCGCGGGAGCCCAGCAAGUCCUCGAUUCACAUUCCUCGCUCUGUCUUAACGGCCAAUCACAGGAAUGCAUCCGCAGCCAACUACUAGGAUCUACAUUCUUCGAGUUCGAGGGACCAGUAGAGUACCACGUAGGGCCCAUAGACCGUUUUUGA